AUGGAGGAGGCGUGCCCAUGUGGUGGGCAAGGUGCUGGUGCCUUACGAGGCACUUUUGUUGCUCCUGGUGGCCGGCCUCGCACUGGCCCGACGGGCCUGAAAGCUUUGGAGAACGAUCAAGGCUCGGCCGAUACAAUGUCUUGGCUGCAGAAGAGCUGGGAAGGCUUCAACGCCACCUACAGCAAGCUCUGGACUGGUGAGCAGCUAAAUGCGGAUGAUGUCCAGCGAGACCUGGAUGUAACGUUUGCAAUGUCUUUGGCAAUAGGCAUGUUCGACUCCUAUGUGCGAGUUGCACCCCCAGCGCAGCCGCCCGAUUGUGUCUCUUACAACACAAAAGGAAUCUGCUGCCCUUCCUUGGCCUGCUACAAGGACCUCCCCAUGGGCUUAAAGAUCUACGUCACGCUUCUCCUUCUCUUGGCCAUGCGGGGCGGGGUGCGGAUGAUCAGCGAGAAUCCAUCUCUCAGUGCUGGCAGCUUGUCACAAGCUACACAAGCUACAGGUAUCUUGUGGUCAGCUGGGUGA